UCCAAAAAAAUCUGCAGUUUGGGUUUUCGUAAAAAUAGACUAAAAAUAGACGUAAAAAUAGACUUUCAAACAUCCACACACAACACACACACACACACACAUGCAUACGCACACAUACACACAUGCAUAUACACACACAUACACACAUAUACACACAUACACACACACACACACACGCAUGCACACAAAGAGUCCUCUAUUCUUUGCCCGGUAGUUAAAAUUUUUAUGCAAAACAUUUUUGUGCUUACAGUUCAUCAUGAUGAGAAAGCAUUGAAACGUAAUGAAGCAACAAGUAAAGAGUUUUGA